CGUGUGUUGUGAAAGUGGGUGUCGCUGUGCACGCUGUUGGAGGAGCUUCACAUCGAUGUGUCGAGGACUUUAAACGUACCGUAGUCUGCAAACACACCGUGUCACGCAGUGGCAAAGAGAGAGAGUGAGAUUGCGCCGGAUCCCGCGCUGCAAUACUUCUGAUACAAUGCAUCCAACCGCUUACUGUCCGAUACAAUGUAUCUGAUUAUUUACUUUCACCGCGCGCUGUUCUGACCGCGGUGUGUUUUUAUGGAGAACAGUGUAUCGGCGUCCUAAAAAACAGUGAACCGGGAAAUGGUAACACAUGAACCUUCUCACUGGAAGGAACAUGGUUGAGAGGAGCAGUAAAUUUCUGUUCGUCGUUGUCUGCUCGGUUCUGUUCAUGCUGAUUCUGUAUCAGUACGUGGCCCCGGGGAUGAUGAACUUCGGAUCUCCGCACGGUUACGCGCUGGAGGACGAUGCGGAUCUCUUCCCGACCCCCGAUCCACAUUACGUGAAGAAAUUCUACUUCCCCAUCCGAGAUCUGGAGCGCACUGUGGAUUUUGAAAUCAAAGGGGAUGAUGUGAUCGUCUUUCUUCACAUCCAGAAGACCGGGGGUACCACGUUCGGCAGGCAUCUGGUCCAGAACGUCAGGCUGGAGGUACCGUGCGACUGCAGACCCGGUCAGAAGAAGUGUACCUGUUACCGACCCAAUAGGAAAGAGACGUGGCUCUUCUCGCGGUUCUCCACCGGUUGGAGUUGUGGCUUACAUGCGGACUGGACCGAACUCACCAACUGCGUACCGGGUGUUUUGAAUAAAAAGGAGAACAGGAUGAAAAACCAAAGGAAGUUCUACUACAUCACUCUGUUACGAGACCCCGUGUCUCGCUACCUGAGUGAGUGGAGGCACGUCCAGCGCGGAGCCACGUGGAAAACCUCCCUGCACAUGUGUGACGGGCGAACGCCCACGCCCGAGGAGCUGCCGCCCUGCUACGACGGCACCGAUUGGUCGGGCUGCACGUUGCAGCAGUUCAUGGACUGUCCGUACAACCUGGCGAACAACCGUCAGGUGCGCAUGCUGGCCGACCUCAGCCUGGUUGGCUGCUACAACAUGUCCUUCAUCCCGGAGAAGAAGCGUGCCCAGGUAUUGCUUGAGUCGGCCAAAAAGAACCUGCGAGACAUGGCCUUCUUCGGUUUGACCGAAUUCCAGCGCAAAACGCAGUACUUGUUCGAACGGACCUUCCGGCUCAAGUUCAUCCGUCCUUUCAUGCAGUACAACAGCACGCGGGCCGCCGGCGUGGACCUGGACAACGACACGAUCCAACGUAUCGAGGAGCUGAACGACUUGGACAUGCAGUUGUACGACUACGCCAGGGAUCUUUUUCAGCAACGGUACAUGUACAAGCGGCAAAUCGAACGAAGGGAGCAACGUCUAAAAAACCAGCCCCUCUUUCAUUUUCGCCGGACGCCCUACGACGACCCUACUUCCAGGGACGACGGGCCCGAGUCGGAAGGUUCGCGCUUGCCCACGGAGGACUAUAUGAAUCACAUCAUUAACCGUUGGUAGCAGUGUCGGGGGGAGGGGGAUGGAAAACCCAUGAGGAAGAGGCUGCGGUCCCCAGGUCAGGUCAUGAGGGAGAAGAACACAGAGAUGGAGAAAGAGACAGAUCUUUAGCGCCACCAUCUUGUCCUUUGACGUGUCAUACGGCCCUCCCCCCUACUGUUGCGCUUUAGGAUGUCCUUAUGAGGACUAGAAAAGCAGGAAACGGUGCCGAGCAAUCGUGUGCCUGAUGUCAGAAAUGUGACUGAAUAACUUAAAGCACUGAGCCUGGACUUAGAUACUUAAAGUGGGUAUGAUCACCCAUUGAAGAAACAAGCAUAAAACAUAGAUUAUGGCAAUUAUAUUCACUGCAGAUUUUAAAGAAUGAACAGAAUUGAAUUGUAUAGAGGUACAGUAUUUGCCUAAAUGUCUGCCGCCAUUUCAGCCAUGAAUUUGUGACGAUGUCUCUUUUUUGUUUGUUUAAUACAGUCUUAUUUCUUUUCAUUGUGUUUUUUUUUUAAGGAAUUUUAUCGUCACUUAAAGAGGUAAACUCACAGCACUGAAACCAACAGAGCUGCCUAACUCUUACUGGAUGCAAUUUAUUAGCUUUUCAUAAUCGGUGAUGACUUGAAAAGGUUUGUUCUGUUGGUUUUUAUUCAUUUUAAUGGACAAAAAGACAGCGCUUGGACCAUAGCCAUUUUUUAAGCUUUCAGCAUACCGUACGAGAAACCGGUGAGCUAAGUGUACUAAUAUAAUCUUACCGAUUGUGAGAUAUUUAAUGCGUCCGAUCCGGCAGGCGUCUUACGCGAUGCUAUUGGCCGAGACAAAUUCUAGGUUGUCAUGACAUCAAGCUCACGCUGCGUCUCAGUAGCUGAUUUAUCUUAUGCUUAAAAUGGAAGCUCGUGGAGACCCAAAGAGGAAAUUGUGUCUUAUUUUACACUUAGUGGGGAGGAUUCUGUGUUUCUAAGCGGGAAGAAGCUGUAUGCUAUAUGGAUAUGAGACUUUGUAAUGACGCCUGUAUGUCAGUCAAUAACAGGAGCGUCGUGAAGUUGCAUAUGAAUGUGAGAGACUGAGAGAGUGCUUACGAAAACCCAAAAGCUGAAGAUGGCAAACGCAGCCUUUAUAAAUGUCACUAUCAUUCC